GCUUUGGUGGAGGGAGCUGAUCCCCCAUUGUCAGCAGAAUGUGAAUGCCAUUCUCUGUGCACACGUAGCACUUUAUAGAGUGAGAUGCCUGGAAUCGCACGUCUCCUGCCUUUCACUCCCAUCCCAGCCUCCGCAGCGCUUCUCCCCUAUUCUUCAAGGCUCAGCUGCAUACUUGUCCUUUGCCUGUCUCAUGCUGUUCUAGUUGCUCCUAAUGAUUUUUCUUCCGUUGCACACCCGAAGGCUCGUAACCCACGUUUACUGUGGGUUAAAACUUGGAUCAGGUCAGAAGGGGUUAAAUGUGGAAAUGACACGUCCGAGCUCUAAUUUGGCAGAAUUUCGAGAAGCUUUUGCUAAGGCAAAACAUAUAGCUGUGAUUACGGGAGCUGGUGUCAGCGCAGAGAGUGGAGUGCCCACCUUCAGGGGCAGUGGAGGGUUCUGGAGGAAAUGGCAAGCACAGCACUUAGCAACUCCUGAAGCUUUUGCAAGGAAUCCAUCCCGUGUAUGGGAAUUUUAUCACUACCGUAGAGAAGUGAUGCUGACGAAAAGCCCCAACCCAGCACAUCUGGCCAUCGCAGAAUGUGAAUCCCGGCUUAGCAAACAGGGGAGACGAGUGGUGGUGAUAACACAGAAUAUUGAUGAGCUGCAUCGCAAGGCAGGGACACGCAAUCUGUAUGAAAUUCAUGGUAGCUUGUUUAAGACUCGAUGUACCACUUGCGGAAGUGUAAGCGAAAACUACAAGAGCCCUGUGUGCCCUGCCCUUGAAGGAAAGGGGGCACCUAAUGCUGAUGUACAAGAUGCUGCUAUUCCAGUAGAGGAUCUACCACGAUGUGAAGAAAAGGGUUGCAAUGGCCUCCUACGACCUAAUGUGGUAUGGUUUGGGGAGACGUUGGACUCCAAUCUUCUAGGAGAUGUGGAAAAAGAGUUGGAAACCUGUGACUUAUGCUUGGUGGUUGGAACUUCUUCUGUUGUUUAUCCUGCUGCCAUGUUUGCACCACAAGUGGCUGCAAGAGGGGUACCUGUAGCAGAGUUCAACAUGGAAAGCACCCCAGCAACUAUGGGUUUUACGUUUCACUUCCAGGGACCCUGUGGAACAACAUUGCCUCCUGCACUUGCUCGCCAUGAAUCAGAACUCAUCUCUUAAAUCGAAUUACACAGCAGAGCAAAAUGGUUGUCAAUGUAAAUUUGGUGUGUGAACACGAAGACUGCAAAGUGGCAGAAUCAUCCAGAUUAAUUUGCCCAUUUGGCUGGUCCUGUUCAUGUUUCCAGGGCAUAGUACAGUAUUAUGGACAUUGUAUUGCACGAAAAACAUGUCUCAUGAUUGAGCAUACAAAAUAGUCCUAAAAUGUUAAUGAUGGGUGAUCAAGUGGGCAGCUUUUGUGUGUAUGACUGAUCAAAUGUCCUAAAUGUUGGACCUUUGUUUAUAUUAAAAAGAUUGUCCAUUGACACUUUUUACAUGUUACCUUGUUCUCUGUAACUACCCGGUAUACAUUUAAUGUUACAGAUAUUGGCCUAUAUUUAUCAAUCUACUUAAAACCAAUAUGAUUUGGUUUUGCCCAUAGCAACCAAUCAGCUGUGAUUGGUUAUUAUGGACAAAACCAGACAGUUUUGGUUUCAGGUAGGUUGAUAUAUCUGGGCCAUAGUGUUGAAUUUAUUACAUUACUGUUACUCUGGUCUGGAGUAUAUGCCAUUCUGUUUCUGGUGUGUUACCUUUUAUCCACUGUGUCAUUUAACUGUUAAAAUGACAACAAGCAAAGACACUUUUUUGGGAGCCGAUGAGAAUGUUUGAUUUAUUUUAUUACUAAUACAGCUGGGAAAUUAUUUCUAAAGCUAAUAAACUUUACAAUGAGA